GUACGGCCUACUCUGAAGAUACCUUUACCAUGCAAGGUCUCAAAUAAAUUAAGUGUAUAAUCUAUGGUGUAAGGCGUUAAUUCACUGAUUUUAGAAAAUUGAGAGAUAGGUAAAAGAAAAAAAAAGUUUUCACACGCUGUCUUGCACCCCGAGGUAGUGGUACAAAAUCAUAAUGUCCAUUGCUUUCUUUCUUAUUGAAUAAUUACCACCACUGGUUGCUGUUUUGAAUAACAAAUGCUUUGUUAUAAUAAAAUUCAAAUAUUGAAUAUAGCCUUCAUACGAAGAUUUCCAGAGCCAUUUCUUUAAAGCAGUUACAGCCGGUAUGUUCUCGUGACCUUCGCACGGUCUGGACUGGACAAUAGUGCGCGCAUAAAAUCUAGAACCAUUCAGUACUAACAACUCCGUUAUAACCCGAUUAAUACUGCUCAUUAUUCACAGUAAAAGGCCAAAGACAUGAAUAAAAGAUAUAAGAUUUAAUGUAAUAAUCUCUCAAUAAAAUGGAGGUUCAGUUAUAUUUUUUCUCAAAUUCCAAAAACCACGUUCAGAGAAAAAUCUGGAGUUACACUACAUUAACCCAAUUGGUUAACCAAGCGCUUGAAUUGAAUUUGAAUUUGAAUUUGGUUAACCAAGCGCUCAUGCCAACUAUUCCAAGGCUAUAGACUAGAUUUUUUUUAAAUAUUCGGUUUGCAGGGUGGAAGAACUGUUAAAUAAUUUAAUUGAUAGCACAUAGUUCGUUAAUUUAAUAAAUAUAUAAUUAAUACAAUUAAUACUUUAAGCUUGGACCUUAUUUAUCAAAUAAAAUUGAUACUGUAAAUAUUUUGAGUAUAAUUUAAAAAGUAUGUAAUACGACUUUCAGAGCAUAGGUACGUGUGCAUUACAUAAAGAAUAAUAAAGAUAAUUUUAAAUUUACCGCCUAACGUUUGCGACAAAAACUAUUUAAGGCAUUCAAAGAAUGUCAAUCGAUAGGCAGCGGCUUGGCUCUGCCCCUGGCAUUGCUGAAGUCCAUGGGCGACGGUAACCACUCACCAUCAGGUGGGCCGUAUGCUCGUCUGCCUACAAGGGCAAUAAAAAAAAAAAAAAAAUAUUAAAACUCAUUGGUUACUUUGUGAAUUGGAUGACAAUGUUUAGCCAAUGGCUUAUUUUGUCGAAUCACAAGCUACAAAAGUCUUUACUACAGGUCGAAGAACGGCCAUUUUGAAUCGUGUUUGAAAAUCUUCUCAAUUUGAUUGGUUAUAAGACGACGUCAUUCAAAUUUUUGACGGAGCUGCGCAAAAUAAAUAAUUUUUUGACUCUCACUCACUCGUUGCGGCUGCCAUGUUUUUUUCAUGUGGGGUGUGUGUAUACUGAUAUAACAUGAUAUUCUAACGUCGUUUAAAUUAUUACAGAAGUAAGGGGUGCACGAAGUGCGUUAUUCGUUACUAGCUAGUGACAAUGCGAUUGCGAAAAUAUUAAGAGUCAAACGGUGCAUCAUAUCGAGAAUCGAAACACUAGCAAACAACAGGCCAAAGAUAUAAGCAUGUAUUAGUAACGAAGGACAAACAAAGGAUCGAUUUAUACACACGGCCCACGGCGAUAGUAAAAUGGACUCACGAGAUUUAUGUGCGAUGAUGGUGUUUGAUAACGACAGACACUAUCAAGGGCAGGAUGCGUAAACACAAGAGAGAGAGCAGGGCGAUAGCCUGCGGGCCUGCCACGUCAAGAUCACUUCAACACACUCCACACUUCAUCAUCUGAUACCUACAGUCUGCAUUCAGAGGCAAUGCAGUGCUCAGUAACACUGGAUAGUGACCAUAACAGGGGGAUUUUUAAAAUGAAGAACUUUAACGAUUAUAAGAAUCCUUACAGAAAGGAACACAAUUUAGGAAACAUUGUUGAUCAGCUGUGUACUAGUCUCCAGGACAUAAAAGAUCACGAAGAUUCUGUCAUAGGUAUGCCAACGUGUUCUAUAGAACAAGCAGAGGCUGUACGUCAAUAUUACGCUGCAUUUCCAGCUCUGAAGAAAGGGCAAGAGUCACCUUUGCAGUAUUAUCUGCCUCCACCUGCUUGGUGUCGUAAGACUGUCACUGAAGUCACAGCCAAAAUGCAAUGCGAAUUGUCUCCGUCCAAGGAUUGGAGCUUGAGGAAUAAGAAGUUUGUGGGAAAAGAACGACGCAACUCUUACCACGGACAAAGAAGAAACAGAAAGAGGAGCAACGGUCACAAUCGCUCUUUUGAAAGUAAGGACAGCUUGCCUGAGUGGGUUACAUAUGAGGGUGUUUGGGAUAUGGAGACCCAAGAUCCAGUCAAAGAGUUUAUUCGUGCCAUAGCUCUUGAUGAGGGAUAUGGCACUUGUGAAAACACCAUCACUGAUGACAUCCGCAACAACAAACCACUUGAUAAUGCUGUACCUGAUUGGGAUGAUGGACUUGACCUCGAUACUGAUUGGGUACUUGCUGAUGAUCUGGAGCCACGCACACUCUCGCCUGCCGAUGAGGAGCUUUACGCCAAGUUCGAAGCGAAGUUUGAUCGCAGCAUUGAGGCUCUCUGGGAUCAAAACACUCCAGAUGAUGAAUACCAGGACCUACCGAUCGACUUUCACGACCUCCUUUCUUCCCCAUCCGACUUACCGCCACCCGAGAAGAAAAGUUUGCCAAAAUCGUUCGAAAAUUUAACGUUCGGUAGUGGGUCUUUGACUCUGCCCGUGGAAGCGGUAACUGAGCGUCUGCGACCCUUGCACAUUGCCGACCCCGCACCCGCCGAGCUUGACUCCUUCGCACUCUACGAAGGUGAAGACAUCUACGAGGCACUCGCCGCCGUCGCCGACACCAUGCGCUCUUUCACCGCUAUCAACCACAGCCGCGACACCAGCGGGUUCGUUGAAGUUCCGCCGAGGCGGGGCCGCGCCGUGCCGCCCCCCGCACCGUUGCCGCCCGCAGGCCCAGUGCGCGCGUCCGAGUCCGCCGCCCGGGAGGACCUGUUGACGUCGGCGCGUACGCACUUCCGCCCCAUUCGGCGCGAGUCUGACGCGGAAGCACCACGCUAUGUGGACGGCGAUACGUUCGACAUCCGCGGCGACCUCGACCCAGUGGAGGAGCGACGCAGUCCUCGCGGUGGCGUGUACGUGGCGGCCGAGCGGUACCUCGAGUACCGUGGCGCGUGCACCAUCCGCUACGGUCGACUCAACCUGACAGCGGCGCAACGAUGUCCCGACCUCGAGGAAGUCGGUCUCCGCUUGCGAUUCCCUCUGCGGCAGCGUAACGCGGCUGUGCAGACGGAGCGCCUACUCGAUUCAGCGUGGGAGUGCGAGGAGUGCGGGGCCGCAGCCAAGAAGAUGCGCGGCGGCGAUGAGCGUGUGUGGGGCGAAGCGCGCGCCUGCACUGCGUGUAGCGCCCGGGCCGCGCCCUCCGCGCCGCCGCCGCCUCCCCUGCACGCCGACCUGUCUCGUGAGUGGGAGGAGCUGCUGUCGGACAUCAGCGCGGCGCACGCGCGCUACGCGGCCGGCGAGCCGGAGCCGGACGAGCCAGAAGAGAGCCCACGUGACCGUAAGCGUCGUCACAGUGCAGCGCUGCGGUGUGCGCCGGCGUGCACGCACCCGCACGCGCGCUUCCUGGCGUGCUGUGCGCUGGCGCUGGACCGGCCCCUCACGCGCUAGUGCUGUCCCGCCGUCCCGUGCCCCAGUUGGCCUCACCUCGUCUCGCCGCAUCGCUCCUUCGUUUUUUCAGAAUAAAUUUGUGAGCGGUGAUUCCGGUAGUCCGAUAUGUGUCAUGAAAGUAGACAUAAUAACGAUAGAAUAGCUUAAAGAGGAGCCUCGAGCUUAGUUUUCGAGAGAAUAGUGACGACAGGCGCGGAAAUUCCCGUCUUAGAUAUCGAGGGGAAGAAAGUGUAUCUUAAUUUUAGUUAAUGAUUUCUUGUAAAAAAUGCAAUUGUAGGAUUUUAAGUAAAAUGUUCUCGCUUCGUUUUCUUGGUAUGUUUUGGUGUUAUUUUAACGAAGUUAUGAAAUUUACUUUUCAAAUGACCGUUUUUCUGACAAAUUGGAUUUACAUUUCAAUUAAAAUGACAAAAAUCUAACUAAGCGAUAACAUUUCACUUAGAAUGUUAGGACGAUUCUUAUAUUAUUCUCACAAUAUCGUCCCGAUUAUUUUAAUUUGUUAAUAUAAAUCUAGUUAGAACACUUAAUAUUAUUUUUGUUAUGUUUCAAUAUGGUUUUCGGCAAACUAAAUUCCAUUUUUUUUUUCAAAAAAAUUGUUCUGUUUGUGUUAUAAAAAGUUAUAAAUUUAUACACGGAUCUGUCUGCAGAUGAAUAAGCGCAUUUCUGACUCCACUAUAAGUCAAAAUGGGUUGUGUUGUGCGCACUGCACUUUCAGUUGACCAGCGCAAUAUUAAAGAGCAUUCUGUGGAGCAUUUCGAUAAUUAUUUUGGGGUGCUGAGCAAAAUUUAUUAUACCGAUCAAACAUCUUGAGUUGACUUAAGGAAUGCGCUUCGCCGUGUCCGCGGUCCGCGAUAUGUUUACGGAAAGCUGCGGACCUUUUAAUGGUUCGUCCAGUUUCUUAUGUUAAUGCAGCGUAGUUUUAUUGAAUGGCUGCAUCAUGUAAAUGUAGGAGGUGUUAGUGUUUCGAGAAGUGGUAAAUAGGACGUUGAACAGUAUAGGAAGUGCCGGUGUGAACUUUACCGUUCGAGUCCCGGAUCGCGAUGUUUGCUCGCUUCAUUUGUUCAAAUACCGUCCGCGUCUGGGACUAAGGACGUUGUAACAUAAUUUACAGCUCAUCAUGUGGAUUGUAACAGUUUAUGUAGCCGUAACUGUUAUUAUAGUUCAUAUAAAGCGUAAAAUGUGUAUAUUAUAUUUUGUUAUAUUUUCAUUAUGUACCGGAACGUCGGGCCUAACGAUUUUCGGUCGAUUGAUAGUGGGAAAUCGACAUCUCAAGACUUCGCUUGAGUCGAUUUCCGACAUUUAAUCCGUUCCACUUGUAUUUUAUUUUAAAAGUCUUUCAUAGUUAUUGUUGCAAUUUCAUAAAAAAAACAUGCAUAUUUUAUUUUGUGUCGUGUUUUAUAUAUAUUUUUUCUGUAGUGUGAUUUACUUCAGUUUGUAAUUAUUCAAAUAUGAAAAAAAAAACAAAAAAAUACAAAAAUUCAUUGCAACACUUGAGAUAUUAUGUAUAUAGUAUUUUAUUUAGUACAUAUUCGGUGAAUUCAAUGUAUAGUAAUAUUCUUUAAUUUUAUAUAUAUACUUAAAUUCAUUUCUUGCAUUUAACAUAUGAACUAUUCUUCAAACAUUCAUUUGAAGAAUAGUUCAUGUGUUGAGUAAAUUAUAUUAUGUACCAUUUAAUUGUUUUCUAACAUUUUCUCAUUAGUGCGGUUGGGUAUAUUUUAAACUCAUAAUUCAUAUUUCAUUUUUGUCAAAUAAUGUCAUAUCCAAUUAUUUUUGUUUUUGUCAUAAGUUCUUACUAUAUUUGUACUUAUUGCAUUAACGAUAUUCGCUAAAGAAUUACAUCUUGAAAAAAUUAAAAAAUCCAAAAAAAAAAUCAAGUUCGUACUAUAUUAUGUUUGGCAAUCGAUCAAUCGUAAUAUAAAAUACUAUUUUGAACUAUCAUUGAUCCGAAACAUCUAAGGAUACGUUUUUGACAAAAUUGUCAAGAAAUUAAGUCUGCAUUAGUAUUGGUAGAGGGGACAAACUAACAUCUGGGUGGGGAACACCAUUCUAUUGCAGACUUAAUAAGUAACACGAUGUAAAUAAGCCCAUCAGACAUUGCCGAAAUUUUUGAUCAAAAAUUAUAAUGUGUAUUGGGGUUAUUUAUAACGAAGUUAGCAUUAUUCAAUACACUUGAUCAUUGUAAUUUUAGAAUCUGACAUCCUUAUCAGUGACAAGUGUAAUGAAAGUUAGUUGUCCCCUAAAUUUUUUUUCUCUUAUUUGUAAGCCACAUGAUUACUAGUAAGUGGCAAAUGAGCUUUUCUUCUGUAUGUAAUGUAAAGGUUAUUCCAAUAUAAUCAACUUUUAAAUUUGCGUGUAUCUGAAAUCUUCAUUAAAAAAAAAACAAAUUUCAUUUGUGAAAACAAAAUUAACACAAAAAUAAGUUUGGACACGUAGCAAAGUCAGCACACGAAAAAUUUGCCUGUAGUUUAACAAGAUUUUUAGCUAUCACGACUGUAACAAGUGGGCCUGUAACCGAUCGACGUUGGUUACAUGCGCGUUUGCUUUGAAUUUCAAAUUAUAUGUAAUUUUUGUAAACUGGAAAUGAGUAGUCUUUCAAAUUUAAAUCUAUCGCCGGGGUAGGAGCCAGUGAAGGGAUUUCGCGUUUUAGUAUUUCAAACCAAAAAACGUACCUGUUAAAUUCUCGUCUAAAGUAAUUGGACCUUAUUUUGCUUUUGUAAAAAUUGUAAAACUAGCUAAUAAAUCAUUUAAGUUUAGUUUAGAUGUUAUCCCUGAAAAUAGUUACCAUUUGCCUAAUCAUUAGGUUGUGCUCGCUACUCUGGUUCUUGCCACCAAUGAAAAUAAAAAUAUACAUCCAAA